CUUGUAGAUAGAAAGCUAACGGUUUAUGCAAGAAAAACUAAAGGCAGAGUCAGAAGAAGAAAUCAAGCAACUUUGGUCUCAACUGGAUAGUGCUCGGGCAAGUCGCCAAGAAUUAAGUGAGUUGAAAGAACAGCUGCUUGCUCGCAAUUCACACAUGGAAGAAAUGGAAUACCUGAAGAAAGAGUUUCAACUUAAAUGGAUAAAAAGAAAAGUGAACAUGAAAAUGAACUGAACAAUUAGACUUUAUUUUGAACAGAAAUUAAAGUCUGUGGAAGAAAACUACAGAGAGAAUUAACCAUGCUGCAUCAGAGGCUGCGGGAAAUGAAAGAUUAUUCCCUAUUAGAGGUGGAGAACAGCCAAGAUCUACAUGUGGAAUUUGGUUCAUCUGCCAUAUUUUUAGAAGAGAAGACCGAAAAGGAGAGACAUCUAUUUGAGCAGUUAACUCAGCAACUGGAACGCCACAAGGAAGAACUCUCUGUUUACGGUUGCAUUUGGAUAAUAAACACAGAAGUGAGGUAGAGUUAUUAAGGUCUUCGCUCACACUUCAGUAUGAAGAGAGCCUAAAGAAGAUGAGGGAUGGAUCUUUCAGAUAGAUUCACUUCUGAAAUGGAGCAGCUGAAAAGAAAACAUUGUUUAAGUCUUGAACAGCUCCGUGCCAGAAUGUCAGAAGAGCACCUCAGAGAAAUUGCUAAACUUGGUCUACAAAGUGCUCUAGAUGCUGCACGUCAAGUAGAAGUGGAAGUGGCUGAGCGAUGCUUGGCACUAGAAAAUGAGUACAAAGCUAAACCUGUUCUUCAGGUUGAGACCCAAAAAGAAGACAUAGAAGAAUUGAGGAAAGAAAAUACAAAAUUAAAGGAAAUUAGUGUGUGUCAAGAAAUGCAUUGGAAGGAGGAGCUGGAGCAGAUUAAAUGCAAACUCAUUGAAGAUCAUGCAAAUGAAUUACGCAAAGCUAGAGAGGAGUUGCAGGAAAUGGAACAGACUCAUAAAACAAAAGCUGAAGAAUGGAAACGAGAACAGGAGGAAUUGAGAAGAAAGGCUGAAGAGAAACUAUCAUUGUUGCGUAAAGAGCUUGAAAGCAAGGCAGAAUAUGAGAAGCAAGCCUUGCAAAAGCAGUCCGAAUUUCGUGAAGCUGAAAUGAUUUGGCUUCAGCAGCAGCAGGCUGCUAGAAUUGUAGAACUGGAGAAAUCCUUAAAGGAGCAGCAGAAUAGCGUCCGGCAGCUGGAGGACAGUUUAGUAAAUGCACAGAAGACUUUGGCUCAAUAUGACAGUGAACUAACUUCCACCAAGACCCUCAUGGCUGAAGAGUUAGGAAAAGCCCAAGAAGUGUUACAAGAAGAAUGGAAAGCUAAACUUAAAGAUGCACAGAGCAGAUUGGUGGAAGAGCAUGAAGCUAUUACUAAAAAAAUCACAAGGGAACAUGAGAUUCUCUUUCAGGAGCUGAGGGAAAAACACUUUGAGGAGCUCAAUCUCCAAAGGGCAGAAUUGCAGCAUAAGCAUAAGGAGCAUAUUUCGUCCCUGACAUCCAUUCUACAGACAAAGCACCAAGCUGACAUUGAAACUCUCAAGUCUGUAUUUGAGAGAAAGCAGCAGGCACUAGAAACUCAGAUAGCAGACAUGCAGAAUAAUCAUCAAGCACAAAUUACGGAACUGGAGACUAAGCAUUUAUCAAAUUUGGAUUCUCUAGAGUCUACAUAUAUAUCUGAAAUUCAGCUCCUGCAAGAUGAGCACAGGCAAGCUCUUGAAGAUUUGUGGGUAGAUUUCAGAGACCAGUUGCUUCAGAAAGAUAAGGAAAAUCAAAUGUUUUUGGCUCAAGUAGAUGAGAUGAAACUUCAACAUGUUGAAGAGCUGCAGAUUUGCCAAGACAAUCUGAAAAUAGAGUUGACUACAGUUCAGAUGGGAAAACUUAAAACAAUGGCAGGAGAACUAGAAGAAGCACAUAACGUGAGUGAGGCUAACCAUUAACUACUCUUGGGUUUC